AUGUCGACCAAUGGAGCAACUUCACGGUUCGCAAUCUCGAAUCCGUGGCGAGAUAGGAUCCUCAGAGGCGAGGUUUGCUCGGUUAUGUCCUGCAAGUUCUUUGUCAGUAACGAGGUCGCAAUGAUGGUCAAGAUGGCUGGGAUUGAUGGCAUGUUCAUCGAUAUGGAGCAUUCUGUCCUGACAAUCCGAGAUGUAUCGCAACUCAUCCUGGCCUGUAACUACGUCGGUGUCAGCCCGAUUGUUCGCAUUCCGUCCAAAUCACAUUGGCAACUCAGCCGGAUUCUAGAUGCCGGUGCAGCUGCUGUUGUUAUUCCCCAUUGCGAAACCGUCCAGCAUGUCAAGGACAUCGUCCGCGAUGCGAAAUAUGCCCCGCUCGGCAUCCGCGGAUGCGCCAACAACCAACCUAUCCUCAACUUCCAGUCGGUACCUACACUGGUGCAGAACGACUUGCUCAACCGCGAGACCAUGGUGAUUCCCAUGAUAGAGACGCCUGGCGCGGUCGAGCUUGCAGACGAUUUCUUCGCCAUCAAUGGCGUGGACGGUAUUCUGGUUGGUUCCAACGAUCUCUGUACAGAUCUUGGUAUCCCAGGUCAAUACGACAACCCGAUUUACAUACAGUCGGUGGAAAAGAUUAUUGCUGCUGGUGUCAAGGCGGGCAAGCCUAUUGGCAUCGGAGGAAUAGGCGGUCGGCUUGACUUGCUGGAACGUUUCUUCCAGCUCGGUGCGACGUGGUCACUUAGUGGUGGUGAUGGAUCGAUUUUGCAAGCCGGCAUGAACAAGAUUGGCCAGGCAUAUGCAGAGAUGGACGGACGAGUGAAAGCAUCCCGCACGAAUGGGAAGAUGACGAAGUAG